AUCUUCUUCUUCUUCUUCUUGACUUUUGAUUUUAAAUAUGACAUUUCUUCAAACUGUCAAAAGGCGAUGGAGAUUCCCCAAUAAAUCGGUUUAACGAAACGUAAACAUUGAAUUUGCUUUUCGUGCAUUUUCUCCUUUUUUGCAAAAGAAUUCCACAAUUAAAGAAAUAUGCAAAGAAAGGGCGACGCAAAGCGGGCCGAUCUGUUGGAACACUUCAAACCGGCACAGGAGGCAGACCUGGCGAUACACGUGAAAAAGAUAGAGGAAGUGAAGCAAUGGCUAACAGCAGCGAAAAAACAACACCCCGCAACGCAAAUCCUGCUCAUCACGGGCCCAUCCGGCAGCGGCAAAAGCGUUUGCCUCAAAACGCUCGCCAAAGCGCUCGGAUACAGCAUCCACGAGUGGACGACACCGGUCGAUGUGGAUCUGUACUACGACGAUAAGUUCGAUUUCGACCAGGAUCGGGUGGAGAAGCAAGGCCGCCGGCCACAGAAGGCACUGUUUGACGAUUUCCUGUACAAAACGUCACGCUACUGCUCGCUGUUUGCCAGUGCGGCGGGCGAAUCGUCGAAGCUGCUGCUGGUGAAGGAUUUCCCCAACUCGAUGCUCCGGUCGCCGGAAGAGUUUCACGAUUCGCUGGACCGCUUCCGGGACAGCAGUACGGAUCCGAUCGUCUUCAUCGCCACCGAUACGGCUAGCAAAUCGCUGGACGUGGCGUACAAUCUGUUCCCGCCGGCCGUGCUGGAAAGCUUCCAGAUACACCAGAUAAAGUUCAAUGCCGUGUCGGCAACGCUGCUGAAGAAGGCGAUCAAGCGCAUCGGCAGCGUUAUGAAGGCGGAUAAAGACAUCGCCAAACAGUACCAAACCGUACCAUCCAAGCAGGUGGAGGAAGACAUCAUUGCUUCGUCGCAGGGAGACUUGCGGAACUGCUGUCUGAACUAUUUGUUCACGUGCAUGAAAUCGGACGGUGGGCCCAUGCCGAAGCGGUUGCGUCUUGAUGGCAGCAGCGUCGGUGGUAAAUCGGGGAAAGCUAGCAAAGCUGCCAUGAACAGGCAUAACCAGCCGCUCGGAUUGAAUGAAAAUUUAACAAUUAUGCACGCACUCGGACGCAUCUUCCAUCCAAAGUUUGUGAAGCAAGACGGAGAGACGAGAUUCGUACAUUCGCCGGAAAGCAUAACGGAAUGUUUCCUAACGCAACCGACGAGCAUCGUGUCGCUGCUGCACUCAAAUUACGUGACCAGAUGUACGGAUAUACAAAACGUGGCUGCUGCCUCCGAUACGCUCACUGUAGUCGAUGGCAUUAUGAACGAAUUUAGAAGUGACCAGCUCCCAAUGUACGGUUUAACCAUAGCCGUUCGUAGCAUGAUGGUGAACAACGAGCAAACCGCUCACGGAUUUCAACCGAUAAGAAAGAAAAUUAAAGUACAGCUGCACGAAAGCACGAAAUCCUACUCAGAGGAGCUAAAGAAGCUCGGUUUAAUUGAACGACCGGUCCCGCCACAAUUGCUAGCCACGGAGUACAAGGGUUACGUAUCAAUGAUUCGAAAACCUGUGCCAAACAAACCCCAAGGUUGUUGUUAAUCAGUUUCGUUGUAAAUUAUUAAUAAAUCGUAAAUAAAAAUAUGAAAUAAUCUCAU